UUUUUAAGUUUCGAAAGUAAUUUUGAGCUAGAAAUAGCACGGAAAUCUUAAUUUACAAUCCAGAGGAUGAAAAAUUUAUUUGUGUGGAUUAAUUUGGCCAAAACUUAUCUGAAACUUGCAUGUGUUUUCUUUCCUUGGGGGUUAGAGGGAAAGAGACGAAAUCAUAGCUGGAGAGAGUGCCUGGCCUAAACUAAACAGCGUCAAGUAUCCCCACGAUUGUCUUGUUUUUCUUAAUUUUCCUGGAAAACAGAAAGUAGAAGUUUCGCUUUUAAUAAUUUGCCAAAAUGCUGGUGGGGAAUUCAGUGGCCAUUUUGUCAAAGAAGAAAGGUUAGAGGCAGUGAAGUGAAAUGCACGUGGUCGUGAUUCGGGGUCAGGGUUUGCCAGGCUUACAAAAGCGAAGGAAAUGCCUUAAUUAGAAGGCUGUCUGUGAAGGACGUGAAUGACCACAUUUCUGGGAUUUGAAUGAACCAUUGAACUUGAUGUUAAUCACAGGUUGCAGAUGCACUCCUCAUUGAUUCGGAGGCUUUCUCUAGAAAGACAAUUAGAGGGCCAUCGUGGUUGUGUUAAUGCAGUGGCUUGGAAUUCCACUGGUUCACUAUUGAUAUCUGGAUCAGAUGACACACGGAUCAAUAUUUGGAGCUAUGCAGGUCAAAAACUUUUGCAUUCAAUUGAAACUGGGCAUUCUGCAAAUAUAUUCUGUACUAAGUUUGUACCUGAAACUUCUGAUGAGCUUGUGGUGUCUGGAGCUGGAGAUGCCGAAGUUCGGUUAUUUAAUUUAACUCGUUUAAGCGAGAGAGGAGAUAAUGCCAUUACACCAUCAGCAUUUUACCAAUGUCACACUAGAAGAGUCAAGAAAUUGGCUGUUGAAAAUGGAAACCCAAAUGUGGUGUGGAGUGCCAGUGAGGAUGGGACUCUGAGACAGCAUGACUUUCGGGAAGGCACAUCUUGUCCCCCGGCAGGAUCUUCUCACCAAGAGUGCCGUAAUGUUCUACUUGACUUGCGUUGUGGAGCUAAAAGGUCAUUAGCUGAUCCUCCUAAACAAGUCCUUGCUCUAAAAUCUUGCGAUAUUAGCUCUACUAGGCCGCAUUUGCUCCUUGUUGGUGGGAGUGAUGCUUUUGCACGUUUAUAUGAUAGAAGGAUGCUACCGCCUCUCAGCUCCUGUCGGAAGAGAAUGUCACCACCUCCUUGUGUCAAUUAUUUCUGCCCAAUGCAUCUUUCUGACAGUGGACAUUCAAGCUUGCACUUAACUCAUGUUACAUUCAGUCCCAAUGGAGAUGAGGUUCUCCUCAGCUAUAGUGGAGAGCAUGCUUACCUAAUGAAUGUAAAUCAUGCUGGAGAGAAUGCUAUGCAAUAUACUUCAGGAGACAAUUUGAAGCUGAUGAAUUAUUCCCCAACAAUUGAUGGAGUGAAAUUGCAGCAUACUGUCUUCCCAAAUGGUUUUCCUAUUAAAAAGAAUGUUGCAGCACAGAUUGACAAGUGCAGGAAACUAAUUCAAUUUGCCAAGAGAUCCUUGGAGGAAGGGAAAUCUUAUCAUGGAAUUGAAGCAUGUAAUGAAGUUUUGGAUGGCUAUGGUGAUAUUGUUGGGCCUGCGCUCAAACAUGAAUGCCUGUGUAUCCGUGCUGCAUCGUUGCUGAAGCGGAAAUGGAAAAAUGAUGCUCAUAUGGCGUUAAGGGACUGCUAUGAUGCAAGAAAAAUCAAUAAUUCAUCCUAUAGAGCUCUUUAUAGUGCUUCAGAAGCAUUGUCGCAGUUGGGUAGACAUAAAGAAGCUUUGGAUUUUGCUGUUGCUGCUCACUUGUUGGCCCCAUCAGCACCAGAAGUUGCAGAAAGAGUGGAGAAUGUAAAGAAGGAUAUAACUUCAGCUGAAGCUGAAAAAAAUAACAAGACAAAUGAUGAAGCAUCAAGGUUUGACAGUCGAGGUGGAAGAAUAUUAUCAUUGAGUGACAUACUCUAUCGGGCAGAAGUCAAUAGUGAUGCUUCGCAAGAUGGUCCAAGAUCUGAUAGAGAUGAUUCUGAUUAUGAUGAGGAAUUGGACUUGGACUUUGAAACAUCAAUGUCAGGUGAUGAGGGACGUGAUGUUGAAUCCAACAUUCUUCAUGGGAGUUUAAAUCUUAGAAUCCACCGAAGAGGUGACUCAAGGGAAAAUGCUGUUAUAAAUGGCUCUUGUGAAUCACCCUCGUCGUCAUCAUCACAGAAUGAUAGAGCAUCUUAUCAGCCUGAAGCAGCUGUUGAUAUGAAACAAAGAUUUGUUGGCCACUGUAAUGUUGGAACUGACAUAAAACAGGCGAGUUUUCUUGGUCAAAGAGGUGAAUAUGUGGCCAGUGGAAGUGAUGAUGGAAGAUGGUUUAUUUGGGAAAAGCAGACUGGUAGACUCGUAAAAAUGCUCAACGGUGAUGAAGCUGUUGUAAAUUGUGUGCAGUGUCAUCCAUAUGAUUUUGUUGUGGCAACCAGUGGUAUUGAUAAUACCAUUAAGAUAUGGACUCCAAAUGCUCCUGUUUCAUCUCCUGUAGCUGUUGGGUCAGUUGGACCAGAAACUACUGAUGUGUUGGUUGCUAUGGAGCACAAUCAAAGAAAAUUAUGGCGUAAUCGUGAUUCCAUCCUACCGUUUGAGCUUUUAGAGCCAUUUAGAAUGCAGGAGUUUCCUGAAGGUUCAUUGCGAUUGCGUCCAUUUGAUUGCGCCCAAAGCUAAUAAUUCUCUGGGUUAACCAGGUGGUGGGAGGUAAGAGGCGUCAGUUGCACAAUGAACUCCAGUCCAACUAUGCGAGGCAUUUUGAGGGAUCAACAGAGUACGCUGUAGGAUUAAGGAUGAAAUGUGGCUGUAUUCCGUUCACGGAUUAAUUUCCCAGUGCAUUAUUCUUUUUUCAUUUUUGGUUGCAUAAAUUUAUUAGUUAUAAAGGCUGCUGAUGUUUAUGUUUUUGUAUAGAAUGAGGCGGUCUCGGUAUUGUAAAGAUUUGUAUAUAAAACGAGUCAAAAAAGUGGUUUUGGAUUGUGGAAGUAAUUAAACGAGGAUGUGAGCAGAUAA